UAUCCCAAAAACAAAAACCAUAUUUCAAAAAGGAAAAGAAAAGGGAGCAUAUUUUCGAAUUUCGCGUAUCUCAUCGCAUCGUAUUUUGCAAAAAUAUCACAGCAUCUAAUUUCCUUUUGAAUAACAUAUUAAUAAUUUAUUUUUCUUAUAUUCAAUUCCUCCGCCUUCUUCAAGGAAUUUUAACUCUCAAUUCGAUAGCUCAUCAAAGAAUUGGAAUUGGUUCCUAGUUGAAGGUGGUGAAAUCGGAUAUGCAGAGCCAGCUUAUCUGUACUGGGUGUCGGAGCAUUCUUCUUUAUCCUAGAGGUGCUACCAGUGUUUGCUGUGCAUUAUGCAAUACAAUUACUCCCCCUGGGAUGGAAAUGGCUCAACUCAUAUGUGGAGGUUGUCGAACAUUGCUAAUGUAUACACGUGGAGCAGCAAGUAUAAGAUGCUCUUGCUGUCACACCAUUAAUGUUGCACCAGCAUCCAACCAGAUUUCUCACAUCACUUGCGGGCACUGCCGUACAACUUUAAUGUAUCCAUAUGGAGCUCCAUCAGUCAAAUGUGCUGUCUGUCAAUAUGUUACUAAUGUUGGAAUGGGCAAUGUAAGGGUUCCCCUUCCCGUAAACAGACCUAAUGGGAAAGCUGCCACAGGGUCUAUGGCUACGCCAUCUGCUUCGCCAAGCCAAACUGUUGUUGUUGAGAACCCCAUGUCUGUUGACGAGAGUGGGAAAUUGGUGAGCAAUGUCGUGGUUGGCAUAACAACUGGCAAAAAAUGAAUAAUCCAGUGUGGUACUUGAGUUUGAUUGUUGAGGAAUUGAUUGUGUAUAUCAAGUUGAAACUGGCAAAACCAUAAGCAUUGUAUUCGAAGGGAUAAUGUGUGAUGUACAUCUAUUAGUGUACGAAUUGAUGGAGAUGGAAAGUCUCAUUUAUAUGAUUUUUAAAGUGAAAUUAAUAAUACCGAAUGUGUACUUUCAUCUUA